AUAAUAUCUAUCACACCCUUUAGCCCGAUCUGUUUUUCAUAGACUCGCCCUCCUCGGCCCAAACGCUAUCAACCGGGACAACGGCAGCAUUUUGUGCAUUUCGCUAGGAGAAAUAAAAAACACAAAGAUGGUUGACGACUCGGCUCUGGCCGCCGCGGCCGACAUUAUACGCUUCUUCGCCAUAGAACACCAGAACGACCCGGUCGCUCUUCCCUAUCAGAAAGACACCGCACGGAUCGAGCUACCUGGCCGAGACACCCCAGCGAAGCGUGCCCUAGAGAUCGAACUCGCUAGACUGUCCCAGAGAAUCGGAGGACUAGAAACAAGAGCCCAGGCUGCCGCCGCCUUUCCAGAAACCCCCAACGAGACUACUGACUCCCUCUGUGAAGACGACUCGACCGGCACCUCCCCCACUGACGGUCGGCUUCUUUCGAGGUCCGCCCUGCAUCGACAAGGUACAAAGGUCGAACCCGGCAGUCGCGAGAUUGUACUAACUGAUACAGCCCUGGAGAGCCUGCAGGAAAAGGUUCUGGAUCAGGAGAAAGGCAUCAGCACGGCUAGGCAGGAGAUCUCCAGCGUCAGCGCCCAGCUGCUCGAGCAGAAGGAGCUGCAAGAGCAAGCCUUCUCCAGAAUCGAACAGGACCGCGUCGCCAGGCUCGAACGGGAACUAUGGAAACAUCAAAAGGCCAACGAGGCCUUCCAAAAGGCCCUCCGGGAGAUUGGUGAGAUCGUUACCGCCGUCGCCCGCGGUGAUCUGUCCAAGAAGGUCCGCAUGAACUCGGUCGAGAUGGACCCCGAAAUCACUACAUUCAAGAGGACCAUCAAUACUAUGAUGGACCAGCUUCAAGUUUUCUCCAGCGAAGUCUCCCGCGUCGCCCGCGAGGUCGGUACCGAGGGUUUGCUUGGUGGUCAGGCUCGCAUCGAAGGCGUCGAUGGAACUUGGAAGGAGUUGACAGACAAUGUCAACGUCAUGGCCCAAAACCUAACGGAUCAAGUGCGUGAGAUCGCCUCCGUCACCACAGCCGUCGCGCACGGCGACCUGACCAAGAAAAUUGAACGGCCCGCCAGAGGCGAAAUCUUGCAGCUUCAGCAGACGAUCAACACCAUGGUGGACCAGCUGCGGACAUUUGCCUCGGAGGUCACACGCGUGGCUCGUGACGUCGGUACCGAAGGUAUCCUAGGCGGUCAGGCCGACGUCGAAGGUGUUAAGGGCAUGUGGAACGAAUUAACCGUAAACGUCAACGCCAUGGCCAACAAUCUCACGACCCAAGUGCGCGAUAUUAUCAAGGUCACGACUGCCGUCGCUAAAGGUGACCUCACGCAAAAGGUUCAAGCCGACUGCCGGGGCGAGAUCUUUGAGCUAAAGUCCACCAUUAACUCUAUGGUCGACCAACUGCAACAGUUCGCCCGUGAAGUCACCAAGAUCGCCAGGGAGGUCGGAACGGAAGGCAGGCUCGGCGGCCAAGCCACUGUUCACGACGUCGAGGGCACCUGGAGGGAUCUGACCGAGAACGUCAACGGCAUGGCCAUGAAUCUGACAACGCAGGUGCGCGAAAUUGCCAGGAUCACGACGGCCGUAGCAAAGGGAGAUCUCACCAAGAAGAUCGGCGUGCCGGUCCAGGGUGAAAUUCUGGAUCUCAAAAACACCAUUAACACCAUGGUUGACCGUCUCGGCACUUUCGCUUUCGAAGUCAGCAAGGUCGCCAGGGAGGUCGGCACCGACGGAACCCUCGGCGGCCAAGCCAAGGUCGAAAACGUCGAGGGCAAGUGGAAGGAUCUCACGGAAAACGUGAACACCAUGGCUUCCAAUCUCACUCUUCAGGUGCGAAGCAUUUCGACCGUCACCCAGGCUAUUGCGAACGGCGAGAUGAGUCAGAAGAUCGAAGUCGAGGCGUCGGGAGAAAUCCGCGUCUUGAAGGAGACCAUCAACAACAUGGUCGACCGCCUGUCUAAUUUCUGUAACGAGGUGCAGAGGGUCGCCAAGGACGUGGGCGUGGACGGGAAGAUGGGUGCUCAGGCUGACGUCGCCGGCCUGAACGGUCGGUGGAGAGAAAUCACGUCGGACGUGAACACCAUGGCCAGCAAUCUUACAACACAAGUGCGCGCAUUCUCCGACAUUACCAAUCUCGCCACCGAUGGUGAUUUCACCAAGCUGGUCGAAGUCGAGGCGUCUGGCGAGAUGGACGAGCUCAAGCGGAAGAUCAAUCAGAUGGUGUCCAACCUGCGGGAUAGUAUCCAGAGGAACACACAGGCCAGGGAGGCGGCCGAGCUGGCCAACAAGACCAAGUCGGAGUUCCUGGCCAACAUGUCCCACGAGAUCCGAACCCCCAUGAACGGCAUCAUCGGCAUGACGCAACUGACCCUUGAUACCGACCUGACCCAGUAUCAGCGAGAGAUGUUGAACAUCGUGAACAGCUUGGCAAACAGCUUGCUGACGAUCAUCGAUGAUAUUCUGGAUCUGUCCAAGAUCGAGGCUAGGCGCAUGGUUAUCGAGGAGAUCCCUUACACGCCCCGUGGAAUCGUGUUCAAUGCGUUAAAGACUCUGGCUGUGAAGGCCAACGAGAAGUUCUUGGAUCUUACAUACAGAGUCGAUAGCUCGGUUCCGGACCACGUUAUUGGCGACCCUUUCCGUCUCCGGCAGAUCAUCCUCAACCUCGUCGGCAAUGCCAUCAAGUUCACCGAACACGGCGAGGUCAGCCUGACCAUCAAGAAGGCUGACACGAAACGGUUCCCCUGCCAGCCGAACCAGUAUGCCAUCGAGUUCGUGGUUACGGACACGGGCAUCGGCAUCGCAGAGGACAAGCUGGACCUCAUUUUCGACACCUUCCAGCAAGCCGACGGAUCCAUGACGCGCAAGUUCGGUGGCACCGGACUGGGCCUGUCUAUCUCCAAGCGGCUGGUUAAGCUCAUGGGAGGUGAUUUGUGGGUCAACAGCAACCAGGGUCAAGGAAGCGAGUUCCAUUUCACCUGUCGCGUUCGGCUCUGCGAGACGGGUCUCGAAUCCAUCAAGAAGCAGAUCAAGACGUACAAGGGCCACCAGGUCCUUUUUGUGGACAAGGCGCAGACCUCGUACGGCGGCGACAUCCGGGAGAUGCUGUCCGAGAUUGGCUUCAUCCCCGUCGUCGUCGACUCGGAGAAGAGCCCGAUGCUUAAGAGUGUUCGUGGCGCAGCCUCGAUGCCGUACGACGUGAUCAUAGUCGACUCGAUCGACACGGCCAGGAGGCUAAGGUCUGUCGACGACUUCAAGUACCUCCCCAUCGUGCUCCUGGCGCCCGUGGUCCACGUGAACUUGAAGGCCUGUCUGGACCUCGGCAUCACCUCGUAUAUGACAACGCCUUGCAACCCGGUCGACCUGGGCAACGGGAUGAUUCCCGCACUGGAGAACCGUGCCACGCCGUCGCUCACCGACAAUACGAAGUCGUUCGAAAUUCUCCUGGCCGAAGACAACAGAGUCAACCAGAGACUCGCGGUCAAGAUCCUGGAGAAGUAUCACCACGUCGUCACGGUCGUCGGCAACGGCCUUGAGGCUGUAGACAUGGUCAAGAAGAAGAGGUUCGAUGUUAUCUUGAUGGACGUUCAGAUGCCUAUCAUGGGAGGAUUUGAAGCAACGGCGAAGAUCAGGGAAUACGAGAGGAGCGUGGGUCCACACCGGACGCCCAUCAUCGCCCUCACGGCGCACGCCAUGAUGGGUGAUCGUGAGAAGUGCAUCCAGGCGCAGAUGGACGAGUAUCUGUCCAAGCCCCUUCAACAGAACCACCUUAUCCAGACGAUCCUGAAGUGCGCCACCCUAGGCGGGCAACUCCUUGAGAAGAACAGGGAAAAGGAGAUGGCCAUCAAGCCGAAGGACGGUAAGGCGGCCUCGACAUCUGCACUGCGGCCCCCCCUGGAAACUAGAGCGUUCACUUCAAGGGAACCACUGGAAGGCCAGGCCGCGGGAAGCCCGGCUCUGGUCACAGCAGAUCAGCAAGACCCCAUCACGAGGUACCAACAGUUUAGGUCACAUAGUACCUAGGAUGAGGCGCCGCGAGGAGAAAAGCGCAAGGGGCGACAUACGCCGGAUGGCUCGUCACGCGAUGAGGACGAGGCA